GGAAGUCAUUAUUUGGGAUGGAUUCUUCUUUAAUUCUUCAGCAUGUACGCCUGCGUCCUCCUCCAUUCAUAAUAAUACUCUCCGAUAUAGGAUCUACCGGCGUGCCCCCUUUGUUUAACCUAUGGAAUUUCACGGAGACAAGGAUUACGCGAUGGAUUUUCACUCACAACCAGCUACCCCCACAAAGUAUCAGGAAGUGCCAAAUGAAGGCAGCAGCUCUUACGUUGAACGUCAUUGGGUCCCGCAAUGUCCUGAUAACUACAUUCCAAAGGUCGGCAUGGUUUUUAAGGACUUGGAUGAUGCUAUUCGUUUCUAUCGUGCUUAUGCUGCUGAGGCGGGGUUUGAUGUGCGUAAGACUACCACUACAAAGAAAAAGGGCUCUGUUGUUUGGCAAUACGUUGUAUGUAGCCGUGAGGGUAAAAAACAUGUCCCCACAAUCUCCCACAAUGAUGCAUCACAUGACAAUGGACAGGCUGCAUUAUCUAAACCUGGGAGAAGAAGACGCGUUUCUAAGCGCAUAGGCUGUAUGGCACGUGUUGCAUUUCGCAUCCUUGGACAUGAUGGUUACGUUCUCAGCAUAUUCGAAGAACAGCACAAUCAUCCUCUCACUUCUCUCCCUUACAGGCCAUUUUUGAAGAUCAACAGGAACAUUGAUCUAGGCCAUAAGAAGUUCAUACUCAACUGUGCUAAGGCAAACAUUGGCACCAUGAAAUCAUACCGACUUUUCAAGGAGUCCGUUGGUGGAUAUUCAAGUGUUGGUGCUACUGCUGUGGACUUCAAAAACUUCAAACGCGAUUUGAAGGCCUAUAUUGCUGGUGGAGAUGCUCAAAUGGUCAUUGAUAAAUUAUUCCGAAAAUCAGAAGUAUGCCCUGGAUUUAGGUUUGAUUAUGAAGUUGACGAGUACGACCAGCUUUCCAGGCUAUUUUGGUGUGACGCUGCAGCCAGGAAAAGCUACUCCCUGUUUGGUGAUGUGGUCUCCUUUGAUGCCACAUAUACAACCAACAGGUACAUGAUGAUAUUCGCUCCGUUCACUGGUGUCGACAACCAUAAAAAGUGUGUGACAUUCGGCUUUGGCUUGCUGUCAAGCGAGGACGCUGAGUCAUAUUCAUGGUUGUUGAGAUCAUUCAUGAACGCGAUGGGGAAUGCUCCAAGCUGCAUCAUAACUGAUCAAGAUCCUUCAAUGCGAAUUGCAAUUGAAGAAGUCUUACCGCAAACCAAGCAUCGGUAUUGCAUGUGGCAUAUUAUGAACAAACUAUCAGGGAAAGUUGGUCCAGUGUUAAGCAAGGAUACGGAAUCCAUGACUCGCAUUAAUCAGGUGGUCUGGACUCAUUACUUGGACAAAAAAGAAUGGAAAGCACAAUGGCGCAGUGUUAUGGCAGACUACAACCUCACGGAGCAUUUGUGGUUCAAGUCACUAUACACGUUACGUAAGUUUUGGAUUCCAGCUUAUUUCAGGGAUCUAUUUAUGGCCGGGCUUUUGCGCACUACGUCUAGAUCAGAGAGUGAAAACAGUUUCUUUGAUGAUUUCACCAACCGCAACUUUAGCCUAGUUGAAUUAUUAAUGCAAUUCGAGAGUGCAAUGGAGGACCAGCGGUUCAAAUUUACUCGUUUGAACUCAGAAUCCGAGUCGGGAAUUCCAGUGUUCAAAACCCCAUUAAAGAUUGAGAAACAUGCUGCAUCGUUAUUCACUCUCUCUGUCUUUUAUGAUGUGCAAAAAGAGAUUUGUGCAUCCUGCUUUUCAUGCGCUAUUGUAGGUAUCCAAAACAGUGAGGAUGCUUCCGAGUAUCAGAUCAGCGAUGUAAGUGGGAUGAUUUCAACUGUCCGCUACUGUCAACGCAAUGGGACCACGCACUGCAGUUGCAAAAACUACGAACGCAUUGGCUUGCUAUGCAGGCACAUAUUUGUUGUUUUCAAAAAUCUGAAAAUAGAAAAGAUCCCCGACUUGUAUGUUACCAACCGCUGGUGCAAAUUCCAUUUGCUCAAACCAAUGUUCGAUGUCGGUGGCUCAGAAAUGGACAAGGUAUCAUUUACGGAUCAAAAUAAGACUCUUGUUUCUCGAUUGAUGUCAGACAUCCACUUUUGUAUUGCGUUGGUGGAACACAACCCUGAUUUGUUGCUAGCAUUUUCCAACACUAUAAAUCAGCACAAGGAGGCGCUAAUCGACAAACUUCAAGAUGGCAAACUAUCAUCUGACACAUCCUCGGUGUUUGAAAACUUUUGUGGCACUUCUGCACCUUCCGAACUUCGUGUAUUACCCCCUGCGCAAGUCUGUACGAAGGGCAGCGGUAAGCGUAUUAAAGGAGGGAAGGAAGUUAGCAUUGAAGAAUCAAAGAAAACCAAACGCUUGUGUCGGACAUGCAAAGAAUAUGGCUUCCACGACAGCAGGAACUGUCCUAUGAACCAUGAGAAGUGAUAAGUCUGUUUUCCGGUUCCAUUUUUAUUGUUUAUUAAUGGUUCAGUUAUUUUUAUUCCAUUUAUAAGUCUCUGUUUUUUUCCAAUCUUUUGUAAUCCUGAAUACUUAUAAUCAAUUCCAAUGGUUGAA